CUUUUAGAUUCUUCAGGUAGAAAAAUGUGGAAGAAUCGUCAGGUAGUCGUUUGACAACAUGCUAUUGCCUCCAUCUAGAGGUGGGACCAAUCAAGAUAAUGUUUGAUCGAUAAUUCCGUUUCUAAAUUGAAAUGGAUCUCACCUGCGUUGUGCGUCGUGAUAUCAAGCUAUUAAGCAAGAGAAAAUGCAAUUUCUCUGAUGCAGUUUUAAACCCUUCACAAUUCGUCGACAUUUACCCAAAUUCGGAACUAACAGCUUCCUUCACCAUCGCUAAAAACAAAGAAAUUGGAGUCCAGUGUCAAGCUUGUGAUCUUUCAGCCUUGCAUAUAAACACAGAUAGCGCUUCUACUGAGAAUCGAGGUAUUCAUCACAAAGAAGGUGGUUGGCCCCGUGAUGUUAAUCCACAGGAAUCCGAUCAAACGGCCCGUUACCGUAAGAAGAUCGAGAAGGAUGAAGCCUAUUCACAUGCAGUGCUCCACCUUGGACAGCAAAUGGAACACUACAUUAAACAAAACAACGUCUUUAACAUCUACGAAGACUAUUUUACUGACGUUCCGGAUGUACCAACCCCAGACCCGAAUCCGCUCAGAACACUUCACCUCCUAAAGGAUCCAUCACCAACACGACGAGCAGUUACUGGGCUUAGCUGGAGCCCAGAUGGAGGAACAAAAUUGGCAGCUGCGUAUUCAGAUCCAUUUUGGAAAAAUCUUUUUGAUCACAAAGACAAUGAUUCCUACAUAUGGAAUAUUGAAAGAGCUGUGCAACCGGAAAUUGUACUCCGCAGUAUGAGUCAGCUUCGCUCAGUUUCUUUUAAUCCGCGUGACCAACACAUUUUAGCCGGUGGAUCGAUCUAUGGCGCCGUAGGAAUAUGGGAUGUUCGUAAAAGUCAGGGCCCAGUUGAAUGCGUUCCGAUCGAUGUCGGCCAUUCGGAGAGUGUCACAUCAAUAAUCUGGAGUAAUUCUAAAGCCGGAGGAGAAUUUUUUUCUGCUUCUGGAGAUGGACAAGUGCUUUGGUGGGACAUGCGGAAACUUAAUGCACCAAUUGACGCACUUGUGCUCGAUCCCAGCGCAAGCCCUCGUCCCGAAAACGCCCUUUCUGCUUGUUGUCUCGAGUACGACCCUUCCAUGCCGAACAAGUUUCUAGUUGGCACUCGUCAAGGUAUUGUGAUGAAUUGUAACAGAAGGGCAAGAACAACAGCAGAGCGAAUUAUGUGUCAAUAUGAAGCACAUUUGGGUCCGGUACACGCUCUUCAUCGCCAUCCGCAAUUGCCCAAAAUCUUUUUGACAGUUGGCGAUUGGACGACCAACAUUUGGACAGAGGAUAUUCGUGAUUCGCCUAUUUUAACUUUAAGGAAUCAGAACGUCCAGCUGUUGGCCGGAGCAUGGAGUUACACGAGACCCUCUGUUAUAUUUACUGCAGCAACUGACGGUGCUCUUUAUCUAUGGGAUAUUUUAGCCCAACGCAUAAAUCCUACUUUGUGUUCACAAGUCAGUGAGUCCCCGCUACUUAGUUUGAGUACCCAAGAACAAGGAAAGAUCAUGGCUGUCGGUAGCAAAGAUGGGCGCUUGUCAGUCAUCCAAAUAAGCGAGAACUUAUCAACGGUCACUAGGAAUGAUAAAGCUGCACUCACCUCGUUACUGGAAAGAGAAACACGACGAGAAAAGACUUUGGAGCAGAGGAGUAAAGAUGGAAAGAGUAAACAGGGAGCGAAGGCUUCCAUUGUUUUUCAUAUGGCAAUUGCUUCUGUGGCGGCUGCUUCGCAAGGCUCUUUGGCGGUUCAGCAACCUCAAUCACCAACAUCUCCCUCAAAGAAAAUGUUUGCGAGUUUGAAAGAGACGCUGCAGUCGCUGCACAGUAAAGAAAACACAAGCAUCGGAGAAAGUCAUGAGGCAACUGGUAUCGAACCAUCGAUUGAUAUGAUGGCAGCGAUCGAUGGUCAGGGAACUCAAAUCAAUUUGUCAGUUUCCCACCCAAUGGAAUCCACGGUCGAUCAACAUUUGCAGACAGCCGAGGAGGCGUUUUUUGAAACCAUGGAUCAGGAUAUCCUGUCCCGUGGAAUGGAAGAAAAGCAACAGUCGUAACCUUUAUAUUUACCUUUUAAUGGAAAUGGUUUGUUUGCAUUUUGCUAUUACGAUUUCCAUGCCAAUCCCACUAUUGUCUGAUCUAGACUGGCAUUAGAAACCCGAUAAA